GAGAACUCAGCUAGGAAACAUGGCAGAGUCAAACCUGGGUGCCGCCUGUGUGCUGAAGGCGCUCCUCAGAAGUGCUGCAGCCGGCUUUGUGUUCGGAGAAGCCGCCUCCUUYGCGGUCGAGCCCGCUCUGAUUCAAGACGUCGCCCUGCUGAACGCCGCGGCGCUGGCCUCAGGACGGGCCGGUUCGACGGGCGUGGCCGUGGUGGCGGCGUGCCUCGCGUUCACGUCGGUGCUGCUGUCUCUAGGAAUGGGUUUUCUCCUCGGUGCCGCGGCGCUGAAACUGUUGAAGACCGUCGGAGCGAGGCUGCCGUGGCUAACGGAGCUCACAACCGGCGCCUCUGUGGUGGUGGGCGCUGUCGCCACCGGAGYGUUGGUGGGCCACCUUCCGCCGUGGAUCUACCUUACAGCUCAAGGCGCUCUAGUCCUCAUCGUCUAUUCGUACUCCAACAUCAACGACAUGACAACAGCCCUGUUAAUCAUCUUCACUACUCUGUACCUCAGUGUUUUAUACGGACGAAUGGGGGCCAUACUUGGUCUUAUUUGUACUGUAAUAACUAUUGCUGUCCUCUACUCCCUGCGGAAGACUCUUACAAGGAGGCUACAGCAAAGACCAAAAUCUAAUAUCGGGUUCAAGCUKCUGGACAGGAUCUACUUCUACUCGGUUGUAGUGGGGAUUCUUGGUUUUGUUCUUGGUUUGUGGGCAGGCGCAGCAGGUGAAGGGUCAAAAGCAGAGGUGGGUUUGGUGCUGCAGUCGGUCCUUUGGGUGGCGUUUGUGUCCGCGGGUCUGCUGGGAGCUGGACUGGGAACCGUGGCCAUGGUGGGACUGGGGCCGGAGGCGGCUGGGAAGGUCGCAGUGGGCGCUGCUAUAAUAACAUCAGCCGCUCUGAGAGUCGUCCUGCAGCACAGCUCCUCUCUCGGGGCCAGAAGCUGCACCGGAGCAGCGCUGGGGGCGGCCACGGCGGCGGGGGUGUCGCUCGGUGCCGCCAGCGUGGCGGCAAAACAAGGGUUUCGAUCCAGGUAUUGGACUUUAGCGGUCCUGGGUUGUGUCGUAGGCGGCGUCCUYGUAGCCGUCAAAGGCGUCGCUGUGAAAGCAACGGCCCUGGAGCUCCUAACGGUCGCGAUGGUGGCGGUGGGGGGGUUCGUUUUGGGCGCCCCGAGGAGCCCGUUCCACACUCAGGUGAAUCUACGAAGGGGCCUCCUCACGGGGUCGGAGCUAAUUAAAGGCAUCGGCAUGGAGACGGUCACCGCAGCGGCAGCACCCAUCGGAGCCGGGGCUCUCGGGGCUGCAGCCUUGGCCACGGCGGCUCUGGGGACACUGGGGACCGUAGGAGUUGUGGCGGCUGUGGCGUUGGCUCUCGGAAGCGCUCUUGGUGGUACGAUCGGAAAAUCACCAACUACAACCAACUCACACACAGACUGAUGAAUGAGUUUACCGUCUGACACAAACUUCAAUGUACACAUGGUGUUUUCUGUCAGUCUUGUUUUAUGAUAAACCCUAUAAAACUUGUCACAAGCAAGUUGGCCGCCAUUGGUAAAGACAACUAGAAAAUAAAUUUUAAUUGCUAAUAUGAGGGAAUUAUUUUUCAUGUAAAAUACUUUAAGUAUUAUUAAAAAGAACCGUUGUUCUCAAA